UUUUAUUCUGCAAACUGAUCUACGUUACAAGUUAGUCGAGAAGAACAGAAACUUACAGAUUGAAUCUUACUUGAUAGUGACCUUUCCUUCAUUUGUAGCUCGCGGCUCACUUCGAUUUCCAUCUAAUACAUUCAUUUGCCAACAAUGGCCGAGUUACACGUCGCAAUAUAUGAAAGCUCCCCGGACGACGUACCACACUGGUCCCUUUAUACGAUGGAUGAUUACGGAAAUGAAAUGGUCUUCGAAGCGCUGGGCAGCACGGGUGGGGAAUUUAAAUACAAUAGCCGGGCCGUUCGAAUGCUCUUGUCUGAUAGUCUCUCCGAGAUUCCAAAGAUUGGGCGCAUAGAAGCCGAUGUAUGGCCGGACGUGCCUGACUUGCUCAAGUAUGUGCCAAUGGGUAACAGGAAAGGGUGGAAUUGCCAGAAUUGGGUUAUGGAGGCCAUUGCUUCCCUCAAAAGGGAAGGCUACCUGGAAGAAAACGCGGCGGGCAUGAAUUAUAUCCGGUCAAAAUAUCAGAAGAAGCUUAGCGUUUAGAAGUGCUGCGGGAGUAAAAGAUGUCACGCAGGAAAGUGGAGCAUAUGAGAUUCGGAUUCAGGAUUAUCUGGAUGACUCGAGAUGAUAAGGAGAGAGAUAAAUUCGGAAACAAAUGUUUAGAGCCGGGUCCAGUGACGGAGGUCUCCGUAGCUGGCUCAUGCUCCCAUAGCAGACGAACGAGAAAUGCAGGAAAGCUUGUGAUGUCUAAGAUCUUAGAGAUAAGAAUGAAAGACUUUCUCUCGCAAUAUUCACCUUAAGCAACGAUGUCAGCAUUGGGCGUGACAAGUUUCAGGAACCAAGAGAAUG